AUGGCUUCUCUACCAAAGGGCUCGCUGCUGGCCCUUCUCUCGGCUGCUCCGGUCGUCCUGAGUAAGGAUCCAAAGAUGCAGUGGUUUCCUCCGAGCAAUAACCAUAUCAAUGGUCUCGACGAGGCGAUUAAUGGGGACGGGACGUAUGGGUUCAUUUAUGAUUCGUCGCAUACGCCGGAUAAGGAUUAUGGGACGUAUAACUGGUGUAACAUGCCGCAUGCACGGAAGAGGGAGUACAAGAAGCCUUCAAAAGAGUAUGAGCUGAAAUACGUCGAGGUGAUCCAAAGGCAUCACAAACGCACACCCUACGCAUCAAAUGCCUUCCCCGUGGAACCUUACCAAUGGAACUGCGAUAACCAGGGUCUUUUCUACUUCGGAAGACAAUUCACCGAAACCCCCAAACCCAAUGCCCAAGGGUACUGGAAGGGCUUCAUCUCCGAAAUCAACCCAUUCAUCCCAUCCGGAUGGAUCGGAUCCUGCCAGUUCCCUCAGAUCACCGCCGAAGGCCUCGAUGACUCUUGGGUUCAUGGAAAAGAUCUGUAUGAAGUCUACCAUGACCUUCUGAGUUUCAUCCCCGGCCGCAAGGAAGACUGGCGGAGUAAAGUCAAGUUCAGAGUUACCAACAACCAGAUUACUAGUCAGGUUGCGGGUAUGUUUAUCAACGGCAUGUAUCAGACUACAGAGUCCGUGCCGCUGCUUAUUCAACAAGCCGGCGUCGAUAGUCUCGAGCCGCAGUAUAAGUGCAGUGUUGGUGCGAAGUUGACUAGCGCUAUUAAAUCAUCUUCUAAUAAAGCUUGGAAGUCGCACCUCGACAAGACCAAGGCACUUUACAAGACACUGGACGACAUCUCCGGCGUACCAGCCGAUGACGAGGGUUUCCACGAGAGUUUUGAUCAUUACUACGAUAAUCUCUCCGCUCGCCAAUGUCACAACAAGCCUUUCCCCUGCAAACUCGUCGACGGAAAGAAUUCAUCCACUUGCGUCGACCAGAAACUCGCCAACACGGUGUAUCGCCUCGGUCAAUGGGAAUACUCCCAGAUGUACCGCGAUGCACCGGCCUCUCUUGCUGCUUCAGCCAGCUCAUGGGGUGUCUGGGUUGCUGAGCUGGUCAGCCAUUUCCGCGCAGUCAUAGCCGGCAAGCAAGAUAUUCUAUAUCUACAUAACUUUGCGCACGAUGGUUCAGUCAGUCGCCUUCUCAGUAUUCUCCAGAUCGACGUCAUGGUCUGGCCUGGAAUGGGCAGUGAGGUUGUCUUUGAGCUUUACAAAAAGGCUAAAUCUUCUGAUAAGAAACACAAGGAUGAAUACUUUGUUCGCGUUCUUUUCAGUGGAAAAACACUUAAGUCGUCCCAUCCUGAUUUAGGAUUGAUGGAUAUGGUGCCUGUUAAGACAUUGCUGGAAUACUUUGAUGGCUUGACAGGGGAGAAUGCAAGUUUGGUAAAGGGCCGCUGCUCUGGCGAGAUUCCUGCAUAA